UUCCAUUAUUUGAAUUUUAAAAUUGAUACCUUCCGCGGCUGCUGAGCGAUUCAUCCUAUUAUAAGUAUGUGGACAAAAUUAUGGAUUCUUCUUUCUUCAAUGUGCUCACCAAUAUUCUGCGGAACCGAUGUGGCUGACGUUGUUUUCAAUAUAAAUCCUGCAAGCAAGACCCCUGAGUGCUGGCAGGAUAAUGAUGGUGAGUGGAACUGCUAUGAAAGAUAUGAACCAAGAUUUUGUAAUGAUAGAUAUGAAUGUUCCUGGGAUACUCCUAUACUCAACACUAUAAAUGCAAACUGUUAUGAUGAUCACGACAACCUGCAGUGGAUCUGUGACUCCUGGGAGUUCUACAAUGUCACGAAGGACUCCCCUGGGUGUGUGAAGGUGGAUGGUGUUGGUGGAAUUGGAGGUCGUCCUCUCACUGUAUCUACAGGGACAUCAGGCAGUGUGUAUCUAUCCCAGGAAUUCUCAUCUUCGUGUCCCAGCACACAUAUUUGUUACUAUCCGAACACAGGAAACUGCUGUAAAUUGAUAAGGCGGGGUUUAAGAUAUGUAUGUCCCCGAAGAUCUUGUUAACAAAAAUAAUUUUGCGCGAUUAUGAAUUUAUUAACAUUUUAAAUACUUGAAUAAAAUGUAAAAAAUUAAAUAGUUAAGAAAGCCUAGUGUGAAGGAGUUAGGUUUUAGUAAAACUUCACAUGUU